AUGUCUCGAACCGCCGCCCCCACCCCUCCUCCCCAAACAUACUUUCCCCAAAAGACGGCCACCCCCUCUAUGCGCCACAAUGCCCACUCCACCUCUUCUGCGCACUUUGCCCGCCACGGGCACGGGCACGGGCAUCAUCCGCAUUCUUUCGCGCGGAGAAAGGUCAAGAACCUCCCAUCUGGCACAUUCAGAAAGACGCCCGAAGAUUCUUCUGAAAGAGAUGCUGGAGAUGCAGAGGGAAGGAGGGAAGAAGACCUCCAUGGCCCACAGUCCAUCGCUUCAUCGUCUUCUUCAAACCAAUCUUCACAAUCAUCCAUCCCCUCGUCUAACGACUCGCUUUCCCGCUCGUCGACGCCAUUGACGAGCGCGUCCAUGGCGAGCAUCAUCUCCCAAACACCCUCUACGCUCUUGACACCCGUGUCUUCCGAUUCGGAACCUUGUAUCAUCGACGCGGACGAUAUCUCUCUCCACUCUGAUUCCGCCCUCUCUCCAGGGUAUCUCGGCGGCCAAGACCUCGGCCAAAUGUUUCUCGGAGGGGAAGGAGGCAAACCGUCUUGGGUAGGAAAGAUGGUGAUGGGGGUUGUCAACACUGGCCGAGGGUUUAUUCGGGAUGAGAAGAGGAGAGGAUCGUUUACGGGCCGGCGGUCGAGCAGUCAGACUGGCACGUCGACGCCGUCCAGCCUUACUACUACUCUGCCGCUCCGACUGCCUUCCCCUUCUUCCCAACUCGCCCAGCCCUCCGCCCAGCCCGCUCAUCCUGCAGCUCAGUCCACAGGCGUGAAGGAGGAGGAAAAAGACAAAAGGCAGCGCGAAUGGAUCGACUCUGAGAACCGCAGGAUCCACGAGUGCGCGAGGCUGUGUAGCCAGUGGCCGCAGAGUGGGUAUAAUAUGACGAAACAUGGCCCUAAAGGAGCAAACAUCCCAUACCAACCACAGAGUUUCUGCAACCCGCACUACGUCGCGAUGGUGAUGCAGCGCCAAGCAGAGCUCGAACAACAGCUUUGUACGACCUCGUCCACCUUCUUCUCUUGUCAGCACCAACCCCAGCACCACCGGGGGGAGCACGAGUCGGACGACGAGACGGAUACGUCCGUGAGCGAGCCUUCCGGUUCUGGCUCUGCAGAGAGUUCGCCUGUGGGGAGUGUUCUGUUUGGGAGUGCUGCGCGGUUCGAGGGGGCUAGGGAAUGUAAAGAAGAAUAUGAAAAGAAGAGGGCGGAAGAGCUGAGAGAAGCGAUGGCAAGCUCGCUCUUAUGCUGCCGCCACUCGAACGCUUCUCUCCCUUCCCUGCCUCACGAAACCGACAUGACCAUGCAACUCGACGAACCCCUCUCCAACGCCCACUCCCGCUCCCUCCACCUGCCGCAGCGUCAAACCCGCCAACCCACACGCGUAAGGGCUCAGUCGUGCGGUGCCAAACGCCCCAUGGUCGGGCAGGGGCAGCAGGGCGAAGAGGAAAAGCGGCGCAAGGUGGAAGAGGACGAAGAAGACGUCAAGAUGGUCGUUGAAGAAGCUGUCGAUAAUGGGGUUAUACUCUCUCCCUCGGAGAGCGCGAAAGCGUCUGUUUCGGCGGCGGCGGCGGCGCAGGGUGGGCGAAUGUCGGCUUCUGUGCCCGACUUGUCCAAAGCCCACGCGGAAAACCCUACUCCAGCCGCGGUAUUCGGCAUGGUCGUCAAAACGUCCGAAUCGCACCCCAUCAUCGUUUCCCCAUUCUUUCCCUCUGAAUUGCUCGAGAUCUUGUCGAGGAAUGUGGUAGGGCAGGUGGAAGAAGGGAAGAGGAUGAUGUUGGGUUCGAGAAUCGAUGUGCCGAGCCUGCUUCUCGGCUUUGCGCCGCCCUCGGCAUCGGCGCCUAUCCCUUCGCCUCUCCAAUCCAGCUUUAGAGACCUCCACCUCUCCCCUCCCUCCCCUUCCCCCUCCUCCUCCGUCUCCUCACCCCAAACCCAAACCAAACCGCAAACGCUCGGCAACCUCCUCCUCUCAUCCUGCCCCGGCAAACGUCUCCGCAUGGACGCCCCUUCCAAAGGCCGCGGCCCUGUCUGCCGUGAUCUCGCGACAGAUCUGAGGCGGAUCAAAGGCGAAGGGGUGGGGGCGCUGGUUUGUUGUUUGGAUGAUGAAGAGUUGGCUUUGUUGGGGGUGCCGUGGGAGACGUAUAGGGAUGUGGCGGUGGGGACGGGGUUGGAUGUUAUUCGGUUACCGAUGCCGGAUGGGUUUACGAUGGUUUCGAUGGAAUUGUUCGACUCGCAAGUCGCUCUCAUCGCCCAAAAAUAUACUCUGCAAGGCAUCAACGUGCUCGUCCACUGUCGAGGCGGUAUAGGACGCGCUGGGAUGACGGCUUGUGCUUGGGCAAUCAAGAUGGGUUUCGUACAGCCUCAUCCGAGUUUGACUAUCGUCGAGGAAGCUGCUAGGCGACAUGCUGCCCACACCGCUCGAUCCGCCCCCGCCCCCGCCCUCAACCCCUCCUCCACCUCCACCUCCUCCUCUUCCUACACCCCCAACUCCUCCUCCAGCACCGCCCCCGCCCCCGCCGCAACAAUCCCCGCCGAACUCGAACACCAAAUCACCAUGUCCAUCGUCGAGCGCGUCAUCGCCAUGAUCCGCUGUCGACGGGGGUUGAAGGCGAUUGAGAGUUAUGAGCAGGUGCAGUUUUUGAGGCGGUAUGUGGGGUGGUUGAGGGAGAAGGCGUAG